CACCGAGACCGAGCCCCGCUCGGCGGCGGCGCCGGGGCCCGGCGGGCCAGGGGUGGAAGAAAGAGAGAGGAGAGGCAAGCGCUGGCUCUUCCAAGCAAAACACAUCUGUAAGAGGUUGCUUCACCCCUGUCCUAAGGGAUCCGUGUUUGCGGGACGGCUUCCAUCUCCUUCAACCCUUGCCCUCACCCGCCUCCGAGGCAGCAGGGGCAGUUUGGCAUCAGGAUGCAUGUGUGCAUGGGGCUGGAGCAAUUCACACCUCCUGCACAGCCGCUCCGCCAGCAGCGUGCGCGUCGCAUCACGGAUGCUCCUCUUGAGCGGCAGCAUCCCCAUGGCGCUCUUCACAGGAACCGGCGGCCAUCUUAACGGCACUGACGCCAUUCCCUGUGGGGCAGGUAACACGACAGAGCCGGGCCUGCCACGCUCACACGCCUACUACGCCCUCUGCUACUGCCUCCUGAUUUUGGCCAUCAUCUUCGGGAACGUGCUGGUCUGCCUGGCCGUGCUGAGGGAGCGCGCCCUGCAAACCACCACAAACUACCUUGUGGUAAGCCUGGCGGUGGCGGACUUGCUGGUGGCUACUUUGGUGAUGCCGUGGGUGGUGUACCUGGAGGUGAGUGCGUCGGAGGAAAGACCAGCAGAGCUGGACCGCGGUACGAGUGCAUGCGGCGCUCAGGUGACCGGGGGCGUCUGGACUUUCAGCCGCAUCUGUUGCGAUAUCUUCGUCACCAUGGAUGUCAUGAUGUGCACGGCCAGCAUUUUGAACCUCUGCGCUAUCAGCAUUGACAGGUACACCGCAGUGGUGAAACCCGUGCAGUACCAGUACAACACCGGGCAGAGCUCCUGCAGGAGGGUCUCUCUCAUGAUUGUGAUAGUCUGGAUGCUGGCAUUCGCAGUGUCGUGCCCUCUUCUCUUUGGCUUCAAUACUACAGGGGAUCCCAGUGUCUGUUCCAUAUCCAACCCUAUUUUCGUCAUCUACUCCUCUUUGGUGUCCUUCUACCUCCCCUUCAUGGUGACCCUGCUGCUCUAUGUCCGGAUUUACCUCGUGCUAAGACAAAGACAAAAGAAGCGAACCCUCACCCGGCAGGGCAGCCACAGCGCCAGCACCAAACCGUGCUGUGCACACGAAGAACACAUCGAGAGGCAAUCUUUGUCCGACAGAUGCCAGGGCACUUUUUCCCCUUGUCUCCCGCUCAAACGCUCAGGCCAGGAGCUGUCUCCCAAAAGGAAACUGCUGACAGUCUUCAGCCUCCAGCGGUACCGCAGCUUCUGCCAAGACGCAUCCCUCAGCAAGACACCAGGGACUGCACAGCACAACAGGCUGGAAGAGAGGAGAAAGAGUAGGAGUGGACCAGGGCUGGAGGUGCGGAGGCUCAGCAAUGGCAAAACCAUCAGCUCUCUGAAGCUAGCACACCAGCAGCCCCGGCUGAUCCAGCUUCGGGAGAGGAAGGCUACCCAGAUGCUAGCUAUCGUCCUGGGGGCGUUCAUAGUCUGCUGGCUGCCCUUCUUCUUGAUUCACAUCCUCAACGCCCACUGCCCGGCCUGCCGCGUGCCCCCGGGGCUGUACAGCGCCAGCACCUGGCUCGGCUACGUCAACAGCGCCCUCAACCCCAUCAUCUACACCACCUUCAACACCGAUUUCCGCAGAGCUUUCCUCAAGAUCCUCUGCUGCUGAUGGCGGGGCUGGCACUGAGCCACUCUCAGCCCCCCUGCCUCCACCAGGCCGCGGGUCGCAGCUGAGGCCUGGGCUGGGGACGUGGCGUGGGCCCUUCCCUCCUCCUGCUUUAUCACGGGGAGAGCAAGAGCCACCCCACCUGCAUGGCUGGCUUUGAAGAACACGAGGCCUUCAAAGGGAGGGAGGGAAGGACGACACAGAGGUGAAAUGGCGAGUCCUCCUGCUGCCACAGCCUCGGCCUGCUGCAGGCACCCAGCGCACGAGCAGCAGCCCUGAGGCGCGGGCAGAACACGGCCACCCUGAUAAGGAUCCUUAUCCCUUGGAUCAGGAGCCCAGGGCAAAAAUGUGGCAAGGAAACUUAGGGAGGGAACACUGAUGGAGAAACUGUAGCACCGCUGCUGUCUCCAUCGAUGGUUUUGCCUAUAAUGAAUGCAAACGAAACAUCCCCUUGUAUUGCACUGUUCCCUGCAGAUGGCGAGGUGGAGACCAGGGACAGUCUGGUUGUUUCUCCCAUCUUUUCCCCUCGCUGUGCAGGAUCCAGUGACUCACCGGAGGCUCCAGCUCUCGCUCCCAAGCUUAGGCUUCGCUGCGCUGUUAGCCACGCUUGUUCAACAGCUUUGGGUGUAACCGCGUGUUGUCCCUGCCUGUGUCUGUGCCACAGCUCCUCCAUCCGGGCAGUGCUCCCUCUCCUUCCUAACACAAAGCCAAGACUUUGUCCUGGAGCACGUAGCAGAGCUCCAGCUGCUUCUUUUGUCUGCGGGGUCUGGGGGGGAGAUGCUAGCGGACAGCAUGUGUUUGUGCGGGGAGGUGCCCUCUGUGCUGUAUUGUAACUGCAGUAACCCAAUAAAACACGUGUCUAACUGGAA